AUGCCCGGCGAUCUCAACUUGAAGAAAUCAUGGAACCCGGCGCUCAUGAAAAACCAGAAAAAGGUCUGGGAGCGCGAGCAGCAGGCCCUUGCCGAGCUCCAGUCCAUCAAACAACGCCAGAAGGAAAUAGCCCAGGAGCGCGAGAAAGAACACAUGAUCCGUCUCCAGUACGGCAGUGAUCCGUCCAGCAUGCCCACCAAGGAUAAGCUCGAGCUCAACAAACUCGGGUGGAUGUACAACGACGGACCCAAAACAACGGCGGACGACGGCUCGGGGUUCCGCGAGGUGGACGAGGAUUUCUUGGCGCGGUCCGACGAAAUCCAGCUGCUAGUCCGCGGAAACAAGGCGGUCCAGCCGGCCGUGGGCAGCCGCUUUGAGAAGGUGGCUGCGGUGGGACGCCUGGCGCCGUCCGCGCUUCUAAGUGACGAUCCGCUUUUGCUGAUUCGCCGCGAGCAUUUCAAGAAACGAGCCGAUAACAGAGACCGCUCGCCCAGCCGUCUGCAUGGGGAGGGGAGUUCCAGGACACUUCACGACUCUCGUUCCAGGCACCGCGAUUCGCGUGAACGGAAGGAGGGCCGUGAUCGGCCCGGAGAUAGAAGGGGCCAUGGGCGUGACUCGCGCAGCCAUCGUUCU